GCAACAAAACUUUCGGAGUAGAUGGCGUGACCGCGCUUUUCCGAAGCGCAGAUGGCGUGACUGCAGUGGUUCAUCCCCGGGAAAAACCUGCGGCGCUGCCGCUGCUUCCGUGUCUUUCUCGGACGCGAGUGGCGCGGCGAGGCGCGACUCGAUAAAAAACAAUAUAGAACCCAUUAUAUAUAUUAUCUAUAGUGGAUGCGGACAGUAAUGUGAUGCCCCGGUAUAUUUCCGAUGUACAGAUGUACUCCAAGCGCUCCCGCUGUUUCUGACACGAAGUACAAACGGAUUUUCCAAUCAUUAGAAGCGAUGUAACACAUCCAGUAGUCAGUCCCAAGCUGUUGCGGCGUUGUAGACACUGUGUAGGGCAAAUUAUUUCGAUACAAAUGUAAGAAAUGAGGAAAAUAAAACGACCUCAGUAUAAUGGCGCCAAAGAGACCGUUACAAUAGUAGCUAUACGGCAAUUUUAAAAAAUACAGUAAGUCUCUGUAUGUGGGGUCUGACGUCACAGAAAAUUCCCAUGAUGCAAAGGCUAUUACAGUUAUUUACUGUAAAGGGAAUUUUCAGUAUUAUACUGGGUGAUAUACAGUAAAUAACUGUGGAAAUUACAGAAAUAUCUAACAGUGUAUGGUGAUAUCACUAUUGCAAGGCCUUUCUAAAUUCUGUUCUUUUCACUGAAAAACUAUAUAUAUAUAUAUAUAUAUAUACAUACACAUACACACACGCAUACACACACACACACAUAUAUAUAUAUAUAUAUAUAUAUAUAUAUUUAUUAUUACUUGUAAGUUCCAGUACCUCAAUGAUUAAUGCCAUGUGCUUUUCUUUAUAGGUGCAGAUAGGUAGGUAGAUAAUUUUUAUCUGCUUAUAUCUGUUGCUCUAAUACCAAACAACUUUAACCUUGUUUUUCAGGGUCAGCUCCAAUGUCCAAAGUACCAUAUAAAGAAAGAGCUGUCUUUUCUUUUCGCUGCUCUUCUUUCUGACCGUACUGUAGAUUUAAAGCUUGAAGGAAAAGAUGGACAUGGAGAAAAGUGAGAGGAAGGGGAGAGUGACGCUAAUCCUGGCUGCAGCUUCUCUGAUUGCUGGAUUUGGCUCGUCUUUUCAGUAUGGCUACAAUGUGGCUGUAAUCAACUCACCUGCCCCGGAGAUGCAGCUGUUCUACACCCAAAUAUACGAGGAUCGUUAUGGACUAAUGUCAGACAAUCUCCUGACCCUCCUGUGGUCCGUAACUGUGUCCAUGUACCCACUGGGUGGGUUUUUCGGAUCUCUCAUGGUAGCUCCAUUGGUGAACAAAUUUGGGAGAAAAGGCACACUCCUGUUCAACAACAUCUUCUCUAUUGUUCCUGCUAUAAUGAUGAAUGUGAGUGAAGUGGUGGAGUCAUUUGAAAUCAUCAUUGUCGCACGCUUUUUAGUGGGCAUCUGUGCAGGCCUUUCCUCCAACGUGGUGCCCAUGUAUUUAGGAGAAAUCGCACCCAAGAAUUACAGGGGGGCCAUCGGAAUAGUGCCGCAACUUUUCAUCACCAUUGGUAUCCUUGUCGCCCAAGUGUUCGGUAUUCGCAAUAUCCUGGGAAAUAAGGAAGGUUGGCCCAUCAUGUUGGGUCUCACAGGGAUUCCAGCUGCCAUUGAGCUGCUGCUUCUGCCUUUCUUCCCCGAAAGCCCACGCUACAUGCUCAUACAGAAGGGGGAUGAAAAAACUGCCAGGAAAGGACUGCAGAAGCUGCGUGGCUGGGAGGAUGUGGAUGAGGAGCUGUGUGAGAUGCGUGUGGAGGAACAGUCAGAGCAAGCAGAAGGUCGACUCUCUGUGCUCAACCUCUUCACCUUCCGCUCACUGCGCUGGCAGUUGCUGUCUGUAAUCUUCAUGAACAUGGGCCAACAACUGUCAGGAGUCAAUGCCAUUUAUUACUAUGCUGACAGCAUCUAUAGCUCAGCAGGGGUGUCUAACGAGCACGUUCAGUAUGUGACGGUUGGAACAGGAGCAGUUAAUGUCUUCAUGACAAUAGCAGCUGUGUUCAUAGUGGAGAAAUCUGGCAGAAAGUUGUUGCUACUGAUCGGCUUUGGUGUCUGCUGUGGAGCCUGUGUUCUUCUGACUGUAGCACUUUACUUCCAUACUACACUGGACUGGAUGCCCUACGUCAGCAUCGUCUGUGUCAUUGUUUACGUCAUCGGACAUGCUAUUGGCCCAAGUCCUAUUCCUACUGUAAUCACUACAGAGAUGUUCCGGCAGUCUUCUAGACCACCAGCCUUCAUGGUGGCUGGCUCGGUUCACUGGCUCUCAAACUUCACAGUCGGCCUGGCCUUCCCCUUUCUAGAGAGAGGUCUGGGCGCUUACUGCUUCAUCAUUUUUGCCUGCAUCUGUCUUGCCACACUUAUAUACAUCUGGGUGAUCAUCCCAGAGACCAAAAACAAGACCUUUCUGGAGACCAGUAAGCUUUUUGCUCAGAGAAACAAGAUGGACAUUGUGGCGGAGGCUGGGGACUCUGAGAUCAAAGCGACUGGAGGGGAAAGCAGUGAACAGGAAAUUAAAAACACAUUUCUCUGAGUGGAUAAGGGGUUGUUUACAAAGGACAUUCUUGCGUUUGUCUGCAAUGCUUUGAAUUGUUUUAAUGCACUUCAUUUUUUUUUUUUGUGUUUGCCGGGGUUUUGAAAGCAAGAACAGGUCCUGUAUUAAAAAACAUUAAAAUAUUGUACCUUUUCAUUGUCAUCUUUAUUUGGGGUCUUGACAAAUAAGAAUGUCCAAGAAAGGUGGAAAACAUUGCAUGUGCCAACUUUUUGUAUUGAUAUUAUUUUCAUAUGGUUUUCAUAUGGCUUCUGAUAUAAUCAUUAAGUAAAAAGUCAUGUAUUUUCCUUAUAACUAAGAAUAUUUUUUAUGGUAAGAAGUACAGUAUUGUGUACAAAUAUUCUUUAGCAUUUAUAAUUCUUUAUAAUAAUUUUCAUUGCAGAUUUUACAAUAUUGCCAUGUCAUAAAGGUCAAACUAUCUUUUAAAAGACUUUUUGACCUUAAGGGUCUGCAGGGGUCCUUUAUAUAAUAUAAUUUUUAUUAUAAGUUUUUAUUAUAAUUUAUUAUACGUUUUCUGUUUUUUGUUGCAUCAUAUGACUUUGAUUUUUUUUAUUUUUUAUUUGGACAUAUGUAUUUUAAUGAAGGUGCUUCACUGCUUAAUUCCUUUUCCA